AUGGCUUCACGAAUAUCAAUAAAAACCCAAUUUUUAUUGUUUUGUUCAUUUUCUUUACCAUUAUUAGCAUCAGCUGCCACGACGGAUACACCAACAACAUGUUAUGUUAUAAAUGGACAACAUAAUGCCAAUGCAGGAUAUAGAUGUGAUAAUUCAACCACGGGUCAUAGUUCAUGUUGUGCAGCUGGUGCUAUAUGUUUUUCAAAUGGUGUUUGUCAACAAGCAAAUGGAAAUGUUCAGGAUUAUUUAAGAGUUGGAUGUACAGAUCCUACAUGGAAAGAUCCAGCCUGUUUAAAUCAAUGUACUAGUUAUGCUAGAAGUUCAACUGCUGGCAUAAGAUUUUGUAAUGGAGCUAUAACAUCAACAACAGAAUAUUGUUGUGAUACUGGUGCCAACGGUGUAGGGAGUUUCGCUUGUUGCCAUGAUGACUCAGAUAUAUUCAACAUCUCGCCCGUAGCCAAACUUCUCGCUCAAGUUCCCCUCGACUACACCUCAUCAUCUUCAUCAUCCACAUCAUCCAUAUCAUCCACAACUUCUGCUUCUUCUACAUCUGUUACAUCUUCCGCAGCUACUUCAUCGGUAUCAACCACCACCACAUCCAGUUCAAGCACAGCAGCAACCUCCGAGUCAGCCGUCUCCCAGACAUCCACCGCCCCUCUACCAACCACAACCGCAUCUUCUUCCAAUCACGCUGUCGCCAUCGGUGCCGGCAUCGCUAUCCCCUGUGGUAUACUUGCUAUCGCGGGUCUUGGGUGGCUUUUAUGGAGAAAAAGACGCGCUUCAAAGCAACAGGCUAAUCAAAUUCCUGAGGAUGAAGCAGGAUUUCCCGGGCAAGAGUAUCAAAAUCUAAAUCAGAAUUCACAAGGAUAUCAGCCUGCAGGAGGAGCUUUUAUGCAAAACCAACACGAAGUGGCUGGGCGUGGAGAACAUACUCCAAGUGAAAUUGGAACUGAAUAUCCACGGGGAAAUUUGGGAGAGGCGGGUGGAAUCGGGAUGGCGGAUAAGAAGGGGUAUUAUGCACCGCAGCCGAGCGAGAUGGAACAGCCGAGAACGGUGCAUGAGAUGGAUGGGGGACAUUUCGGGAGGAGGUAA